ACUAUUUUUGGCAAUCUAAGUACACGUGAGCAUAAAGUUUGUCUUUGUAAAUGAUUAUGGCGUAUCUUAUAAAGCAGGGCUUUGGACUUGGUGUUUAUUCACUCACUCAACAGUUUUCCUGGAGAGACAUCAUUUUGUCAGGAUGGUUCGUUCUUUGUGCUUCUUCGUGCUUCUUCCUGUUGUCCUGUCUCAAGUACAGCAAGGACCAAUAGGAGCGGGGCAAAUUCCAGACGACUUACUUAAAAGCCCAGAAAGCCAUUCACAUCUAUUCCAUGGAGACAUCAAACUAACACCGGCGCAGGAACUGAACAUGGAGAGGUAUGGCAACCCGUACGGGACCCCCCUUGGUAGAGCAGCCAGCAGCGUAGACAAAGAAAGAUGGCCUAACGCGGUGAUCCCAUACGAAUUUGACUGUUCUAUAGCUAACAUGGAAAGUGCUAUCACUUCGGUCAAGAGAGCUAUGGCUGAAUGGGAAGCUAAGACGUGUAUUCGAUUCAAACCCAAGACUACAGAGACGGCGUUUUUACAGUUCUUUAGAGGACAAGGAUGUUGGGGACAUGUUGGGCAUACGGCAAACUACAUGAGUCAGAUCUCUAUCGGUGAUAACUGUGAUUUCCAUCACGUAAUGACACAUGAAAUCGGUCAUUCAGUGGGUUUCUGGCAUGAGCAGAGCAGACCUGAUCGUGACAACAGCAUCCAGGUUCUCUGGGAAAAUGUGUUACCAGGACUGGAAGAUGCGUUUGCCAAGAGAAGCUGGGGAACAGAGGUCAUAGAUUAUGGCAGCAAGUAUGACUUCGCUUCCAUUAUGCAUUAUCCUUUCACUGCAUUCUCCAAGAAUGGCAAACCAACCAUAAGGGCAAUCGCUGACAUGCAGGGCAAGACACCUUAUGUUGAGUUGAGUCCAGACGAUGCCAUGCAGACCAAUGCCAUGUAUAAGUGUGACGCCGUCAUGAGGAAAAGAAUGGCCGAUGACUUUGAAGCAAAUUUCAAGCCACUUCCACGUAUCGUCAAGAGAUCUAAUACCUGCAGUGACAAGUCUGCAAAUUGUCAGAGCUACAAGGAUUCUGGUCUGUGUAAUGCGCAUGCUGACAGCCUGAUAUACUGGUGUCCUGUGACUUGUGAUAUGUGCUCGUCAGACAGUUGUAUGGACAAGAAAGGGAAUUGCAAAGCAUGGGUUGCUGGUGGUCAUUGUCAAACUAACCCAGAAGCACUGAAGAUCGACUGUCCCUACUCUUGCAACUUCUGUGGAAAUCCUACGACCCAGGCUCCGGUUAUUACCCAGGCUCCUGUGACUGUUCUUCCGACUACUAAACAUAACUGUGGAACUGUGGGGCCCACUACACAAGCACCAAAUACUCCUCCCCCUCCAACCCAGGCCCCCACGCCAGAACCACCCACAGCAUUACCACCAACUGCACAACCACCCACUCCAAGCCAAGCCGUUGGUCUUCGUUGUGCCGACAAGAGGAGUAAAUGUCCAACGUAUGCUCAGCAAGGAGAGUGUGUAAAGUCUGGGUGGGUUUUCCGUAACUGCUUGAUCAGCUGUAAAGCCAAAUGUGAUACCCAGCCACUAAAACCAGACGGUGACUGUGCUAAUGCAUUGGGUCUUGGAUGGGACUUUACUCUACCUGACAGUGCGUUCACUUCAUCUUCAACCCUUACACCAGGUGGUGGCUGGAGUGCACCAGCUCACUCAGCUAGGCUGUACUUCGAGGAUGAUCGAAACAGAAAGCUUAUUGGUGGAUGGUGUAUGACGGCACGUGAUAAUAACCAAUGGCUGAAGAUUGAUCUUGGCAAGGAGAAGAAGAUAACGGGAAUAGCUACACAAGGGCGUGAUGUGUUUUACGAACAUGUUGAGAAAUACGAACUAGAGUUUAGCAGAGAUGGCUCCAGCUGGACCAAAUACCCUAAGGUGUUUAAUGGCAACUGUGAUCACUUCACUCCAGUACUAAACAGAUUCAACACUCAGGUUGCUCGAUAUGUCAGGGUCCUACCGUACAAUCUGCCUAAUCAGUAUGCUUGGCCUUGUAUGCGCGUUGAGCUGUAUGGAUGUUAAUCAAGUGUUUUCCAAGUUUGGUGUAUGAUGAAUGAUAACCGCCGUCAAAAGUCCUCUUUCAGCAGGUCUUCAAACAGAUUAUACUAUUAAUGUUAUACGUGUGGAAAUCAAUCAAAUAAAGGCUAUUAGAAACAAAUAAAUUCGAUCAGCUGA